AAAGGCCUUGGAAAGCACGCUUGGGAUCUACCUGUGAGCGUCAUCGACCCAUGGCUUCUCAAAAGACAUGUCGUGUCCCAGUUCUUCGGCGCCUUUGGUAACUGGUUCGCCAAAGCAUCUCUACUUGCCUUCUUUCUCCGCAUCUUUGGCAGCCUUCGUUGGGUUCACAUUGCCUGCUACGGGCUCCUCAUGCUUCUGUCCAUGGGCACCAUCACUCACGCGGGACUAUUUGCAGUGCUUUGCGUUCCAUAUGGGCAUGAAGUAUGGGAUGCCAAUCUUAUGGCAAAAUGUGCUAGAAGUGCACCGGGGACGCUGGCUGUUGGUGUGUGCACUUUGGUGGUUGAUUUGGCCAUCUUUGUCUUGCCUUUUCCCAUCAUUUCUAGGUUGAACAUGGAUAAGAAGAAGAAACAGGGACUCGUCGUUGUCUUCCUCAUUGGUUUCUCAAUAAUCGUUACAAGCACGGUCGGCCUAGCUUACAGAGCCGUCGUCAUAAAUGGUACCGUUGAUCCCACCUGGAACGGAACCAACGUAUCUAUCACGGCGUAUGUAGAUACUUUCGGGAGUAUCAUCGUCAGCUGUGCUCCAGGCAUAUACGCCUGGUGGCUGAAGAUUUUCUCACACAGCUGGCUAUAUGCUUCUAUUCGGUCCCUCUCACAUCUCCGCUCGAAGCAUUCACCAUCAGGAUCGAAUGUAUACGGCACAGAUGAUGGAAAAUCCAUCCCUGCGAAUAGUGACUUGGAUGACAGCCACUUUAAGCAGCCGAAGCUUUCGACAUCAUCUUCUCAUCAUAUAUUCCCCGAGUCCACUCGAAGAGAUAAUAAACACGUCAUUCCAGUAUCUACUGUCAUUAUCCAGACAAUAUCUGACAGGAGAGAGAGUUACGAAGAGAGUUAUCGGAUGCAGGAAUACACAUGGCAGCCGCCUGAUGCAAGGAUGAAUCGAACUGAGGAUGGAAGAUGGAUCUAG